CAUCGACUCUAUUCCGGAGAAAUCAAGUUAUGUAUCGAACCCAGCGAUGGGUCGCCCAAAGACACCACCGUUUGUGUCAACAACUGUGAACAGUGCGCUAAAGCGGCCCUUAAGGUCAGGGAUCAGCUCAAUGAGGACGACGCCCCCGCCUGUAUAUCAAUUAGAGGCAAAUUCCUGGCGAUAAAUGCGGCGACACUGACCUGUAGGUGUCGUAUGACCAAGAAUGGAAUCUCUCCCGGUGCCCAUUUGGGUAACGGAUGCACCGAUCUGAUCCUCGUGUCCCAGUGCUCUCGACUCGAUUAUCUCAAAUACCUGCUCCGCACUGCCCUUUCAUCCAAAAUUUGA